AUGGCAAACUUCCAUGUGCCUGUACGGGCCUUUUCCGUUCGAAUUGCCUCGCGCUCAUUGUGCCGCCGGCCAUUAGGGCAAAUCCAGGCCCGCUUCUCAUCGCAAAGUGCCGCGACAGGCAGCAUUACACAAUUACUGGAUAGAGUCCACAACACUACCAAGGUUUACCUUGACUUUGUAAAGUCCCUGAACCUCCCGGAGCCAUCUUACCAGUAUGGUGAUGGACUUGAUCCCCGCCAACCACUCCCUCAGGAAGUAGCAGAUGCCAGGGAGUCCGCCAUUGAGGCGACAUACGAGCUCCAUCACUUACUCCUGGGUCCACUUGGGCUUCUGUUUAGCUGCCCUGGCGAGGUUAGCUCCCUUCACCAACCUUGGCAACACUUGUUUUCCCCCGUCUGA